AUGAGUCUUGAGCAAAUGGAAACGGUCGGUUUAUUCUUCUUCAUAUUUUUUCUCCAUCAUUUCUGAUUUCAGGCCUACUCGCAGACGAUCGAGAACGUUCUGGAGGUGAUCGGCCACAGCACCGCCGCGCAUUUGCCGCUUCUCGGCGAGAAAGCGAUCGAUAUUACGGUGAGUCAAGUCGAGGAAUACCUGAAAUUGCUCAAGAAUCUUCGCGACGAAUACGAGAAGCCGAUGAGCCAGUGCAUGUCGCCGCUGCUCAACGACUCGAUGCUCCUCCAUCGCAACCGUCUCUCCAGGUAGUCUAGAAUUCGAAAAGAAGACAUUUGUGUGUGUUCAGAACCUCCAAAUCGCGGCUCAACAUGCUCCGCGGCUCUCCGAUGGAAGUCGACCGUCACUCGCUCUCGUCACCGUCACGAAUCGGAGCCAUCGUCGAAGCGUCGACGUUCCUGGACACCUCGAUUUAUAUGGAUGAGUCGACGGUGAGUUUCUGUAGUUUUUUGGUAGCUUGCAAACGGUGCUGUCUCAGAACGAGCGUGGCUUCCUGGCCGACGUGAGCGACAUGAACGGAACGGUCCGUUCGCGCAUGCCCAGCUUCAACUUUGACCAAAUCUCGCCAGUUUCGACGGGCCGCACCCAUCGCCGAUCGAUUCUCCACUUCAAUCGCACGCUCGACUUUGACGCCGACGCUUCUGCGCAGACAGUGGAUUCGCGUCAAACCAUCCGCACUUUGGGACGCUUUUCGGCGUCCGGCGAGCAUUCCAACUCGACGAUUGUGCUCGGCGACGACGGAUUGCACACUCCGUAAGCUCUUCUUCGAGAUAGAUUCACGUUAAGGGAAUUCUACGAAACUUCACACAGACGUCGUGCCGCGAUUCCGGACACCGAAACGACGCCGACGAACGUGUGGAAUGUGAAGUUGCGGCCGGGAAGUAAUCGGAAGAUUUGCGAGGAGAUCAGACGAGAGAUUCAGCGCCAGCUGCGCGACGAAUCGGAAGACAAGAAUUGA